AUGCACAAGUAUCUCUGGUUUUUGUCAUUCCUCUGUUCUGCACCGGUGAUCAAUGCCGGAAAGUUGCAAGUAUUGUACGAGUGGUCAUGGAUCGAUUAUCUGUGGGAGAGCGAGGCACACAAAGCAGCGGCCAUUCUUUCAGGACAGUACAAUUACACGAAACCAGUAAUCAUUGAUGUUGAUGUUUGGAACGGAAGGAAGAAAAAAUACCGGAACAAUUUCAAGACUUUUGUCACUGUGGUGAGGAGGCCGGGGGUGCCAGCGAGUUUGACGACAGUGUCUGAAGAAUUUGGAUAUGGAGGACCGCUACUUGCGCCUUAUCCCAACUGGAAUUGGGCGGUCGAGGGCGAUUGUUAUGGGAUUACGAGUGUCUUUCGUGUAGCUAUAGACGAAUGCGAUCGCUUGUGGGUGCUGGACACUGGAAAGAUCGAGGAAGAGCAUGUGUGUCCAGCCCAGCUGCUCGCGUUUGAUCUCCACACAGAUCGUUUGCUGAAGCGAGUGAAGAUCCCGCGAAGCAUCGCACGGAAUGCGAUAACAAAGCAGGGAUUAUUUGUGACCCCAGUGGUAGAAACCGAGGGUCUUAAUUGUAAGAAAACCCAUGUCUAUAUGGCAGACACGACGGGAAAUGGUCUAGUCAUUUACAAUGGGACAACUCUGUGGCGUCUCGAGUCACCGGCAUUUGCCUCUCAGGAAGCAGCAGCGAAUUUCACGGUGGCUGGUGAGCAUUUUUACCUGGACGACGGUGUACUCGGAAUGGCACUGAGUCCCCCAGUGAGUCCACAGGAGAAUUACAGAUACCUCAUGCUCCGGCCACUCGCCUCGUACGACAUGGUAUCAGCUGAGACCUCUAAUCUGCAUGACUCUCAUUCUGUUCCCGUACGUUACACUCUCGUAUCGAGGGCACUACCCAGUCAAGCUGCUGGUAUGGCAUUUUCAGCCAGUGGAGUACUCUUCUUUGGCCUCAUUCAGCAGCAUGCCAUUGCCUGCUGGAAUAUGCACAAAACCAUUGCUCCGGAAAAUAUUGUAAUUCUUGACCAUGACAUUGACUACUACCAAUUCGUAAGCGGAGUGAAAGUAAUUCCAAAACACAUAACUGAGAGGCACGAGGAGCUGUGGAUAGCGACAAACAGAUAUCAAAAAAUAGCCCUGGACGUGCAGGACUUCAACGACAUAAACUUUCGAAUCAUGUCGCGCAGAUUGGAUCGUCUCAUCAGAGGCACCAAUUGCGAUCCUCGCUCCAAUUUCGAGCACUUCUUCAGCGACGCCGAGGACAUUAUCUGGGACUACAGUCGUUAUCUCUGGGCAUUGGGGAAUGCGAAAAAAUAA